AUGAAGAAUGCUCAUGGAGUGGUGAUCAUCUUCAAUGCUGACAUCCCAAAUCACCAGAAGGAAAUAGAAAUGUGGUAUUCCUCCCUUGUCCAGCAGCGGUUCUUACAGGAUACUCAGUGCCUGGUAAUUACACACCACAAACCAGGCUCUGGAGGUGAUAACGGAAGACUGUCUUUGUCACCACCCUUGAACAAGCUGAAGCUGGUGCACUCCAAUCUUGAGGAUGACCUUGAGGAGAUCUGGAUGGAAUUCAUAAAGUAUUUAUAA